CCAUCUCAUUUUCUCGCUAGCCAUACAGAAAGUGCAGUGGAAAAACCCUUUGCGAAUGGAAGAAAAUCCCUCGACACCAGCUAGUGGUCCUAAAACGACACAGGAUUUAGCAGCAGAAGGACUGAAGCAUCUAGAAGAGACGAUAGAUGCUGCUUUCCAAAUCCUCUCUUCCAUGAACGACGAGCUCUGCAACCCAGCUCUCUGGUCCCCCACUCCUUCAACGAAUGCCGUCACUACAUCUAACGGACCUUCUUCUCUCUCAAACGGUGCCAUGAUUGCCAACGGAGAUGCAGCUUCUAAUGGUGGGCAUCACUCAGAUAUCGGUGGCAUUGGGGGAAGUGGCAGUGGGGCUCUUGAUGAUGCUCGCUUCAGGUAUAAGAACUCCGUUGCCUCGCUUCGUGCUGUGCUUGCUGCAAUUCCCAAUUCUCAGAAGGCAAAAGCGUUUGAAACAGGUUCAGCUGACAGCAGUCCAGCUGAUCAAGCUGAAAUUGAGAAAUUGGAGGAGCAAGCUUCUAAUCUAAGAAAGGACCUCGCAAACAAGAAUGAAUAUCUCAAGCUCCUCAUAGAUCAGCUUCGGGAACUUAUUACAGACGUAUCCACAUGGCAAAGUCCGUGUUCUGUCCGAAGUUGAGAAAUAGAGAUCUUGCUUGGAGAAAAGGAUGCCUAAGAAGAUGGUGAUGGAUGCAGAUAUCCACAUCACAUGAUAAUGCUUCUAUCCCAACAUGAAAUAUCAUUCUUUGUAAUGUUAGUAUCCAUUCACUGCAGAUGCCUUUCAUCAAGCAUAAGAUGGCAGUUAAAGAUAAAGGAGCAUUAUUGUAGUAACCCUUGAACGAAAAUUUCCCGUCUUAUUGUGCAUUCAGUGUGACAUCACAGACUGAGUCAUAUUUUGAAACAAUGUCCAGCGUAUGGUAUCCGGAUGUUUUUAACAGUUAUUCAUGAUAUUAAUUC